AGCGCGAUUGGACUGUACAUACAUGGGGCGCGCUGCUUUGCUCGGAAGAUGUUUCUCCCUUCACGGUUGAGGACUCCGCCGUCUGCCGCCGCGGUCUCGAGAGGACUUGGGGAGUUCUCGCUCUCGCUGGAUGCCUACGCUCUCCGCCCGCGUCGCGCGUGCUUUCGGGGGAAGCCGUUGAAGUGAGAUGGCUCUGGCGACGGUUUGCCCGGACCACGGAAGCCUGCAGUCGUGCCACCGAACUUGGGGGGAGGGAGUUUUGAUUGCGGCGUUGUUUCUGCUCACCGUUUUACCCGUCAGACAACUUUGCUUUGCUUUCCCGUCUUCCCUGAGCGACUGCCAAACACCCACCGGAUGGAACUGUUCCGGUUUUGAGGAGCAGGACACAGACUUGUUCACUUGUGACACCAACACGUGCAAAUUCGACGGAGAAUGUCUGAAAAUCGGUGACACCGUCACUUGCAUUUGUGACUUCAAAUGCAGUGGUGACUAUGUGCCUGUGUGUGGCUCUAACGGGGAGAGCUAUGAGAACGAGUGCUACCUGAGGAGAGAGGCCUGUAAGCUGCAGACAGAGGUGCGGGUGGUGGCAGACGGAUCCUGUCCUGUUGGUAUGGGGAGGGGUGUGGGAGAUGGCCUCCUCUUCAGUCUUGAGGGUUCAGCUGAGACUAGCCAGCGUGAGACGUCCACGUGUGACAUCUGCCAGUUCGGGGCCGAGUGUGACGUGGACGCAGAAGACGUCUGGUGUGUGUGCCACAUCGACUGUGCGCAGACCAACUUCAACCCGGUGUGUGCCUCGGACGGGCGUUCCUAUGACAACCCCUGCCAGGUGAAGGAGGCGUCCUGUCAGAAACAGGAAAAGAUCGAGGUCAGACACCUCGGACACUGCCAAGACAGUCCACUGAGUCCCAAUGCCAGAGGCCUCUUCAUUCCCUGCCCAGAGGACUACAAGAACUACUGUGUCCAUGGAGACUGCCAAUACACCAACAGCAUACCACCACCCACAUGCAGUGGUCCCCAGUGCGACACUAAAGACUAUAACGUGAUGUACGUGGUCCCGGGUUCCGGAACGGAACGCUACGUUCUAAUCGCCUCCGUCAUCGGAGCGCUACAGGUGGCCGUCAUCUGCCUAGUGGUGCUAUGUAUCACACGCACCCGAAGGAAGAGGAGGAGGAGGGGCCUCGCCCUGCAGCCCACGCCGCUCAACCAAUGGGAGGAGGGGGUGAAGGACACCCCGCCCAUCACGCCGGCCCAGGCCCCGCCCACCCCGGCACAGGACCCCCUGGUUGGACAGUUUUCGGGAGGGGGAGGAGGGGCAGGGGAGGCGUCGGACGGGGCCAUCGGACCACCACGCGUUGCCUUGCACCUGUGGUACACAACCCCGAUGAAGACAGGAGCAUAG